AUGGCACGAAGGGUAGACAAAUAUAGGAAGCAUCGCACAAGGGAAGACAAAAUAGGGAGCGAGGUGCCAAAGCGCGCCCAUGGGGCGGCGUCGCCGGUUGCAGAGGACGAGGGCAUUCCCGGGCCCUGCGUGUGGCCGGUGCGCGCGGGGGGUGGUGCCAGCAGUGGCUGGCAGUUGGCGACAACGGAGCUCGCGAUCGACCUGGCGGUGCAAGCGCCGGCGUGGCCCAUCUGUCGUCGCGGACGGCAACGCCGUGCGUUGCCGUGUCGGCCCGCUGGUUCGGCGUCCGCCGAGACGAGACGCAAGGUCGCGCGCGCGUGCGACCGCUGCCAGAGGGAGCCAGCGACCAUCUACAUGAUCGACAUACGCACGCAGCCGCGCUCGACGUCCUACAGAUGCAGUAAAUGCUACGGCAAGGAAGAUUUUCCGUGCACCGUGGUGGCACCGGCAGGACAGCAAAAAACAGCAGAGGUGUCGGCGGCGCCCCCUGGCGACAUGUCGUGGGUCGUCAUGGACCCGAUCUCGUGCAAGUUGUGCCGGCGCACGUACUACAGCGGCGACGCCGGGUAUGCCGACCACCGGCGCCACCUGUGCACGCGGCCGAGCUACGCCUGCCACCUAUGUCCGGACGCCGCCGCGUUUUCCGGGGGUCGCGACCUUCAGCUGCACUACGACCUCUGCCAUGCGGCACUCGCGAUCAAGGUCUUGUCGCACACCGGCACUCUGUCAUCAACGGCAACGUCCGAGAGAGGCGGCAGCCGGGACGUCGCGGCCGAGCCAUCGCCGAGCGACCAGCAGGGGGCGCCGGGUGAAGCCGUGGACGACGACGCCGAUCGCAGGGUUGUCUGCGACGUCUGCCACCUGGUGUCGACGAGGGAAUUUGCGGGAGACGACGGCGCCCCCUUCCGCUGCGACGAUUGCAUCGCGGAGCAGGGCGACGCCGUGUCGAGCGAGCACUCGCAAGGGGGCGCCGGCGAUGCACCAGGGGGCGCCGGCGCGAACGAGUGCUCGCAGGUCAUCGGCGUCGUCUACAACAAGCGCUGGGGUCAGAGGGCGCCACCGUUGCGUGUAAAGCGGCGGUCGGUUUCCGUCGACGAAGCGGCCGGGGAAAGCGACGGCAGAGCGAAGGCGUGGGAGAAACCACCACGCGGCACCGCGCCACCUCCUCCGUCCGGACGCGGGAGAGACGACGACGACGUGCCGCGUCCGACUACCCGCCGGCCAGGUGGCGCCACCGCGCAUGCCUGCCGCGCAUGCAGCGUGGCGCUGUCGCUCAACAACCAGGGCGGCUCGCUGGGAUGCACUAUCCGUCAGCUUGUCGGCGUCGAGCGCCGGCGCCGGCGCGGCGACCUCUGGCGACCCUUCCGCGCUCGGCAUGCCAUGCUGCGCACGCCCUUCGCCGACUGCUAA